ACGCACUCCUCCGUCUAUUGUAAUACGUAGUAGCAUAUACGACAAGAAACCUCUGCGGCGACCGUCUAGUUACCGAUCGUUGUAGUCGUCUUGGUAGCACAACUAGAGCGAUUCUGCAACUUUUGAUGGGUUGCUUCCUGAGCAAGAACAGUACCCAGGAAGAUCAGCGCACUGACACUGGAGAUGGAUCUAAGUUCAACGCGCAGCAAUCUGCGCCUUCAUCUUUACAUCUAAGCACUGGUAGCCAAUCCUCAUUUCCGAGGGAGAAUCAACGAUAUGGACAGAGGCAAUCUGCAGCUCCCUCUGCCUCUCAGAAUUAUGAAGGAUAUGGACAGAGGCAAUCUGCGUCUUCAUCCUCAUUUCCUGAGGAGAUUCAGAGUCAUGCGCCUGUCUCUCAGAAUUAUCAAGUACAUCGACAGCCGCAACUACCAAAGACAACUGACGGUGGAACUAAGUCACCGGUUAUAGAUCUGAUUGCAUCUAGCUCAUCCUCAUUUCCUGAGGAGAAUCAAAGUCAUGCACCUGCCUCUGAGAAUGAUCGAAGAUAUGAGCUGAAGAAAUAUAGUUAUAAUGAACUAGCAAUGGCAACUGAUCAUUUCUCCAACAACGAAUUCCUUGGCGAGGGUGCUUUUGGUCAAGUCUAUAGGGGAACACUAGACGGAAAGGUGGUUGCUAUCAAGAAACUCAAAAUUAUACAGGAUCAUGAACAGCCGGAAAAUCUUCAAAAUCAAUUGGAGGAGAUUGAUGUCCUUAGCAUUGUGCGUCACCAAAAUGUUGUUAAACUGGUUGGGUACUGCAAUGAAGGAAGGAAUAGAUUGCUUGUUUUAGAGUAUGUUCCCAAUAGGUCCUUGAAAUUUCAUUUACACGGAAAGAAGCUUUUGGAAUGGUCAAUCAGAAUGAAAGUCGCUAUAGGCUCUGCUAAAGGGUUGCAAUACCUACAUGAAGAAUGUGGUAUCAAAAUCAUACAUAGAGAUAUAAAGACAGAUAACAUUCUUCUUGAUGAUGAUUUUGAACCUAAGGUAAGGUAAUCUAUAUAUUUUAAUAGGCAAAAGUCUUAAGAAAAUAUUCUAAAUUUUAGCAUCUUAUUUUAACUAAAUUGUUUAAUAAAAUUCUAAACUCAAAGAAAAUGCCUGAUGAAUU